AUGUCGACAGAAGCUGCUGGUUCUUUGGCCGACCGGGUCACCAAGCCCGAUGAAGACGUGGCCGAUAAGCCUGUUAGCCAGGAGGUCAAAGAUGGUGCCCCCGGUUCGGAACUGCAGGAGCCAGACUACACGGUCGAGGUCAAGCUGAGCGACCUCCAAGCCGACCCGAACAACCCUCUGUACUCUGUCAAGUCUUUCGAAGACAUUGGCCUUGAUGAGCGCAUUCUCAAGGGUCUGUCCACUAUGGGUUUCCGCAAGCCCUCCAAGGUCCAGGAGCGCGCGCUGCCUCUGCUCAUGGGCAACCCCCCCAAGAACCUGAUCGGCCAGUCUCAAUCUGGUACUGGAAAGACGGCUGCGUUCGUCCUCAAUGUGCUGAGCCGUAUCGACCUGUCUACUCCACAGGCUCAGCAGACACCCCAGGCCCUUAUCUUGGCUCCAACCCGCGAGCUGGCUCGCCAAAUCGUUGGUGUCAUUCAGGCCAUGGGCCAAUACCUUGAUGGAUUGGUCAUCGGUACUGCUGUUCCUGCCGACCGACAGAGCCGUCCUGCUGCCAUGACAUGCUCCGUUAUCGUCGGUACUCCUGGUACUGUCCAGGAUAUGGUCAAACGCCGUGUUCUCAAUCCUACUCAGCUCAAGGUAUUGGUUUUGGAUGAGGCCGACAACAUGCUAGAACAGCAAGGUCUUGGUGACCAGUGCAUUCGUGUUAAAGCGAUGUUGCCCCGUGGCCUUCAGGUGGUCCUGUUUUCCGCCACAUUCCCUCCUCAUGUCCACCGCUACGCGGAGAAGUUCGCCCCCGAUGCGAAUGAAAUCACUCUGCAGCACGAUGAGUUGACUGUCGAGGGAAUCCGUCAGCUCUAUAUGGACUGCGAUACCGAGGAGGUCAAAUACGCCAAUCUUGUCCAUCUCUAUGGUCUUCUUACUGUGGGGUCCUCAAUCAUCUUCGUCAAGACCCGUGCCUCCGCCGUUGAGAUCGAAAAGCGUAUGACUGCCGAAGGACACACCGUUGCAUCUCUCACUGGUGCCAUCGAGGGCUCUCAGCGUGACGCAGUCAUUGAUUCGUUCCGCAGCGGUGAAGCCAAGGUCCUCAUCACUACGAACGUUCUCGCCCGUGGAAUCGACGUGUCUACUGUCUCCCUAGUUGUCAACUAUGAUAUCCCUACUGCUUUCGUGGCCGGCUCCCGUGCCCAGGAGGAGCCCGACUACCAAACCUACCUCCACCGUAUUGGUCGUACUGGUCGCUUUGGCCGCAUCGGCGUGGCCAUUACUUUUGUGUCUAGCCGCGAGGAGUGGCAGAUGCUGCACAAGAUCCAGGAUCACUUCGCAACCAACAUCGAGCGUAUCGACACGUCCGACUGGGAUGAGGUUGAGGAGAUGAUCAAGAAGAUCAUCAAGAAUUCGCGUGCCCAGUCCGACUUCUCCAAGUAA